GCGCACGGCACGCGCACACGCGUCAGUCUUCCCCUCCGCUCUCGUUUCGAACUCCCGAUCCACAAUUACCAUAAAUGAAAAUUAAUUAAUACAUUAUUCGUGUGUUGUGCCCGAACUGGAUUUGAUCGUGUACACCCCCCCGCCGGCUUUCAGUGACUGUUGCAUGACUUUAACUACUGUUAACGGACUUGUGUUCAAUUGACUUUGUACGUGGAUAGUAAGAUUAUGUCCGCGGUUCGAGUAUAAGUGGGGCCCAUGAUUGCGCGUAACGGAACGUUAUAACAUCAAGCUACUGCCUACACUUAGGUACCCGGUGGCGUAUACAUGAGAUGUUAUGGGCUCACGCGGCAUAGCGAGGUGGCGUUGGUGGGUGGUAGUGGUGGCGUGGGCAUGGGGCGCGGCGGCGCGAACACUAUGCCCCACGCGCUGCGCCUGCGACGAUGCUCUGCGCGCCGCCUCCUGUGCCAACGCCGGCCUCGAGAUCGUGCCUAUACAGCUCAACCCAGAGGCCACCCACAUCAACCUCACUCACAACUCCAUAGACAAUCUACUGUACACCUUCAACUUCUACACUCAGCUCACCAUUCUCGAUAUAUCCUACAAUCGAAUACAAGACUUAGGUAGUAAAAAUUUCGAGAGCAAUAUGGAAAUGACUCAUCUCAACGUGAGCCACAACCACCUGAAGCGAUUAGACAAGGAGACAUUCAUUGGUUUGAAGACGCUCAUCGACUUAGACCUGUCCGACAAUGAAAUAUCGACUAUACACGCACAAACUUUCAGAGAUUUAUCGGUUCUGGAGCGCCUCGAUUUGUCAAACAAUAAGCUAGUGAGCUUCGAACCGGAGAGUUUCGAGCCCCUGUCAUCGUUGAAGAUCUUAUCCUUGAAGAACAAUUCUAUAUUAGACAUACCGUCUGCCAAUCUCUUCUAUGUUAUUCAGUUGGAGUUUUUAGAUUUAUCAGAAAACUUGAUACAGAUAGUAUCGAAACAUGGUAUACCAUAUUUGAAGGAAUUGAGACAUUUAGAUAUGAAUAGUAAUAUUAUUGGUAACAUAGACCAAUUAGGUUUCCAUAAUUUACCUUCAUUACGUCAUUUGGAUCUCAGCGAUAAUAACAUGACCAAUAUACCAACGUCUGCUCUCUCCAAACUAUCGAAUCUAACACAUUUGUACAUGAGUGGAAACUUUUUCCAAAACGUAACGUCUCUGUCAUUCCAAAGCUUAUUUCACUUGAGACAUUUGCACUUGAGCAGACUUUAUGAUCUUGAGAAGAUCGAUUCGAGAGCUUUUGUUGAUAAUAUAAAUCUGCAAAAAAUAUGGAUGAAUGAGAAUGUGAAGGUGAGGGAAGUGCCUCCGAGACUAUUCCACGGUAACCCAAAACUCACUCACAUUUACAUGAGGAAUAAUGCGUUGGAGACCCUUGAAGCGUCACAUUUUCCUAUCGACCGGCUCCAGGAGCUGGAAAUAUCUGGCAAUCCAUUCGUGUGUAAUUGUUCAAUAUUGUGGCUGUGGAAACUUGGUAUGGAGUGUGAAGUUAGUACCAGGAAGUCUGGUAACGCAAGUGCCAUAUUGAAGAUAGACUAUGAAAUGGUGAAGUGUGCCGCGCCGGAACAUUUAAAGGGUGUCUUGUUCGUGCAAAUUCCCGAAUCGGAAUUCGGGUGUUCGAGCGGGUGGGUGAUAGUGGCAGUUGUGGUGCUGACUGUGAGUAUUGUUAUAAGCGUCGUCGGUGGAGUAUUGUAUUUCAUGGGACCUUUGAAGAAGUGCAAGGGAGAUAAGUCUAAACAAGUUAUGACGAGUGUCAUGCUGAACGGUGACGUGUCUAAGUUAGGGAACGGAUUAGGGUAUUCUACAAGAAGUAGAGAGCAAGAAAACAAAAGAGACGUGGACCGAUAUCUGAUGAUCGGUUCGUCAGUGACUAACAAUUUCCAUUCUUUAAAUCCACCUUGGCACAGCGUGGAUAAGAACCCUUAUUACCAGGAAGAUGGUGAAGAGCAUAUUUACCAACAAUUCGCAUACGAAACUAUUCCACACCACAGGACACCUGAAAAACCACACAUAGUGUACGUCUAACAUAAGUUUUGCGCAAGGGACUAUGUCGCAAAAAUAUUACCUUUGUUGCGCGCAAAUGAAAUAAAGAGUGCGUAUCGUCGUCAAAACGACGAAGAACAUUGAAUUCGCAAUAAUGUAAAUAGUGAUACGAUUAAAAUUGUAAUAUGUGAUAGCUUUGUACAUAGACUUGUAAAUAUAUUAAUCAGUGCAGAUAAAGACAUUAAUAAAGACAUUUCAAUUUUGUACUUAACUCGUUUAGUCAUGUCAAGUUGUAACUUACCGUCUUGGUUUGACAUUUUUGUUUAAUAUAGAGUAAUACUCAUUAGGAUUGUUUUGUUUACUAGUUCCUCAAAUAUUAUGGGUACCGACUAAUGUAAAGUGCUUUGUAAUAAUAAUAAUAAUAAUAACUAAUUGAAUAUUUAUAUAUUCAUAAUAUAAUUGUAUAUUUAUACAAUUAUAUUUUCUGAAUUAGAACACCAAUACUUGAAAACUUUGUACAAAAAUGAGCAAUAUAGAACUAAUUUCAAAUACUAUAUAUUAUUAUGUCGUUAAUUUUAUCGAGACAUUGUUAUAGCAGAUUAGUUGUAUUUAGAAAGAUGCUGUUCUACAUUUAUCCGUCGUAAUUAAUAAUUAUACCUAUACUUUGAUAACAAACUAUAAUAGACACAAUACAAACCAGUUGCUCUGAUGGGAAGGGGUACAA